AUGGGUAACAAAAGUAUAGAAAUAAAUAAGGAUAGAAUGAACCUAAGUUUUAUGCUGUGGUGGUGGCAUCACACAGGUUUAGAUGCAUAUAGGUUGAAAAUAAAGUUACUUGAUCUCAAAUCUCAAGAUUACACCAAGUUUCAUGAAAUAUCAAAAAACUCAAAUGCUGAAAGUAUUUUAACUGAUCUUGCAGCAACAGAGCAAACACUUCUAGAUAAACUAGAAACAAAAAAUGUUGAUUUUGGUUACGACAAAGAGAGUGGACAUAAGCAGUUACUAGAUGCUGUUAAUGAUGCAAUAGAAGGCUUAGAAGAAAUUAAGAAACAUUCUAACUUAGAUAUAAACAAGUUUAAAGAGUAUAAAAAGAUUAAAACAAAUCUCAAUGUAUUGGAAAAAGUGAAAUUAGACUUAGUGAGUUUAAAGUCCGACUUUGACUCUAAAUUUCCAAAAUUUAGUGAGAGAUUACUGAAAGAGGCCUCUGAAAAGAUUGCAAUGAUGAUGAACAAUGAUGAUGAUGAGGAUGAUGAUGCAGAUGAUUGA